AUGGAUGAACCCUCCCAGUUCUUCUGGGAAAAGAACAGCCAAAAGAGGAUCAUCCAGUCUCUGCGCUCGGACAGCGGUCGCCUCAUCACGGACUCUGCCGAGGUCGGGAGCUUUGCCACACGCUCUGUCAUCGGAGGCCGGUUUGGGGAUGGUCUGCCUCAGGUCAGUGACGAGGAGCAUAAGAAACUGGAGGCCCCACUGAGUCUGGCUGAACUGAGCUCUGCUGUGGGGAGUUUAAAGCCAGGUAGAGCUCCAGGCUUAGAUGGACUUUCGGCCGAUUUUUACAAGGCCUUGACGUUCUGGGGCCAGACCUUCUGGAGGACAGUCUUGAAAGCGGCCGUUUGUCCCUGA